AUGGGUCGGGAUGCCCCACUAUAUUUGGAAUGGGCACCUGGUAAUAUUCUCAGUGAAACUUCAGCUGUUGGUGAUAAUGAAGUUGUUGGUGGACAUGAUGUCAAGAGAGCUUUGCUAGAGCAACAAGUCGAAGAGACUACUGAUGCAGAUGUUGACCCUGAUAGAAUUGAGGUUAUUUUCUGGACUUAUCACAGCUCUUUGUAUGUUAAGAACCUGAACUUCAGAUCAUCUGAUGAGAAUUUGAAAACGCAUUUCGCGGAGCACAUGAAGGGAGGGAAUAUACUAAGUGUCAGGGUGAAGAAGCAUAUGAAGAACGGAAAAAAUGUUUCCAUGGGGUUUGGUUUCAUAGAGUUUGAUUCUAUUGAUACAGCAGUGACAGUUUGCAGGGACCUGCAGGGAACUGUAUUGGAUGGGCAUGCCCUCAUAUUACAACUCUGUCGUGCUAAAAAGGAUGCAGUAUUGCCUAAAAAAAUUGAAAAUGACAAGAGUUCUACAAAGUUGAUUGUAAGGAAUGUAGCUUUUGAGGCCACAGAAAAGGAUCUCAGACAGCUAUUCAGUCCAUUCGGACAGAUAAAGAGAUUAAGGUUGCCAAUGAGGAUUGGGAAACAUAGGGGUUUUGCAUUUAUAGAGUAUAUGACGAAACAGGAAGCUCGGAAUGCACUUGAAGCUCUUUCAACACCCAUCUCUACGGUCGUCACUUGUAGCUUCCUAACCCUUAGAUCUACAAUCCGUCCGAAGGGUUCCUCGAUCGGAUCAACGGUCGCAGAGAUAUCGGUGAAGGAAGAGAACUGGAAUUUCUGGACAACAGCUCUUCGAAGGUUGAAGUUCGAAGAUAUCAUCGGUUAUAUCGUUGGAAAAGGUGAAAUCGAACCCUUCCUCACAAAAGAAGGCGUUCAAAAAAAGAAACUUCUGAUAGAACUCCAAGAUCUCGAUGGUAAUAAGAUUAGAUGCAUGUUGUGGGAGAAAUGUGUUGAGCAAGUGAUUGAAACCGUACUAGAUAUUAAUGAAGGACCAUAUAUUGCCGUGUUACAAUACGCAACCGCGCAAAUGCGAUAUGGUGACAUUGAGGUCUCCAAUACUUUGCAUUCUUCCCGGUUUAUGAUAAAUGCAAACAUUGACGAAAUCAAUGACUACAAAUCAAG